AUGCUGGUGCUGGCCACGCCAGUGCUGAGCUAUCAUGCCCGCACGCUCGAUGCGCCGCCCCAAGCCUCGUUGGUGGUCUACCUCUUCGCGCCUUCCGACGAUGAGGAGCAGCUGCUCGCCAGCUUCCUCACGGCUGCGCAGUACCUGGGGCCCCUGCUGCCCGGCGACGCUGACGAGGACGGAGGCGGACCGCAGCAGCGCAAGGCGGCCGGCCUGGGCGGCGACGAGGCGGGCGGCGCGGGCGCCGGGGCCGGCGGCGGCGGAGACGACGGUGGCGGCGCGCCCGAGCUUCUGUCCCAAGCGCCGGCCGGCAGGGUGGCGGCGGCAGCAGCUGCGGCGGCGGCGCGGCGGCUGCCGCGCGGCUCGGCUCUUGAGAUGCUGCACGGCGGCGCGACCUCGGCGUCCCAGACGCCCGUGCUGCCGCCGCCCGGCGCGGCCCCUACGGCCGGGGCCCUCCCGCCCCCGCCGGCGACGCGGGACCCUUCAGGCCCCUCCGCGGCCAUCCCCGGCGCCGCUGUGGCGGCGGCCGCGCCAGACGACGCGAAAGCGCGCGGCGGCCGCGAGCUGUACCGCGCCUCGACCGGCCCCGCCCACGCGCCGCAGAGUCUGGCGGGCCGCGGCGGGGCCGGCGGGCUGGACGUUGCUCUGCAGGUGGUGCGGCGCUCCGCGCUGGAGUCUGCGGGGGAGGGGGAGCUGCGGGGGCUGGCGCUGGGCGUGUACACGCGGGUGGGUGAGGCGGCGCCGCCGGCCCCCACAGGCUGA